AUGAGGCCCUCCGUGUUCCUCUCUCUGCUUCUUCUUCUUCUUCUUCUGCUACCCUUCAUCCGAGCUAUCUCCUCUUCUCCCAUCGAAGACGUGUGCGAAUAUGUGCAGGACAGCUACGUCGACAAAGGAUACUGCAUCAGAACUCUCAAGUCCGACCUCAGGAGCAGCAAGGCUGACGCCAAGGGCCUGGGCGUCAUCGCGGCGGAGCUGACGAUCGCCAAGGCCACGGUCAUCAGGUCACAUAUCAAGGAGCUGCUGAAGAAUGCUAGCAAUUCCUACGACAGGAGACGAGCCCAAGCUGCUCUGCUGAUCUUCUCAAACGUGAUCCCGUCCUUGCGGUGGUCGGCGGAUUCCAUAGCCUCCAAGUUCUAUGCCAGCGCUGGAGCCGUGCUCUUCGUGGCCCUGGAUGCGGCCUCAGCUUGUGUAGGAGUGGUGGAGCUGGGUGAUGCGGCUGAUGACUACGUCAACCUCACGUUGCUUGCUCAGGCCAUCACCCUCCAUCUGCGUUAG